AUGACCUGCAACUGGAUUUUCCAUGCUCGUCAAAGCGAGAAGAUUUUUAUUACAUUCAACAAAUUUUCCAUAGAACGUGGUUGGGAUUUUGUGACUAUUAGAGACACCUCUAACAAAUCUCACGUCAUUGGACGCUUUAGUGGCUACAAUCUUCCACCAGUUGUCGUCUCCUGCGGUACAUCUGUAUCUAUUACUUUUACUUCUGACAUGUAUGUCACAAGCACAGGUUUCUCAGCUACGUUUCAAUCAAAAAGCAGUUUUGCUUCCAAUGGAUAUCCAUUAUCAUAUUCCAGUGACAAGCUAGAGCGCUGGUUAAUGUGUGGCACUUCCAGUCAACUACUUUGCGUACACUUUAACGAAUUUAUAUCUGAGAACAGAAGUGACAUAUUGACCGUUGCAAAUCAAAGCGGAAUAAUUAUUCAAUCACACAGUGGGGCUCAAAUUCCACCUGACAUUGAGGCAACGUCAAACGUUUACAUCAAUUUUGCAAUUGACAAUUCCACAACACGUAAUAUGGGAUUCAAGGCAACAUUUUGUGGAUUUUGUCAUCCGCACACCGUUCCUAGUAACGGACAUUUGAACACCUCUGAUACCAAAGUAGGUGUUCAUGUCAAACUAACUUGUAAUGCUACCCACAUGGUAGUAGGACCAUCAGUUGUAUCAUGUCAAGGACUAGGGGUUUGGUCACGUUCAAUUGGUCGCUGCAAAGAGAUAUUUUGUCCUACUCCUACUGUGCUCCAUGGUCAUUUCAUCGGCAGCAACAUCUCCUACCCAGGAGAUGAAACCAGGCUCGUUUGUGCCACAGGUUACUACGUUCCCGGAGAAACAAACAGGUUCAGUUGCUCUUCUGAUGGUAUUUGGGGUGGACAAAACAGAAUGACCUGUUUGGAGUCCUGCUCUGGCAAAAACACAGUUCUUUACUAUACUGGCGUAUUCAGUGUAUCUAAUUACACAAAUGGUAUGCACUGCAACUGGAAACUUAAGGCUCGUGAACGAGAAAAAAUUUUCAUUACAUUCACAGCCUUUUCAACAGAACGUGGCUAUGAUUUUGUGACUAUUAAUGAUACUACUAAUGCAGGACACAUUAUUGGCCGCUUUAGUGGUUCCAACAUUCCACCAGUCGUAGUUUCCUGUGGCAGGUCUGUAUCUAUUAACUUCAUUUCUGACGGAAUUAUUACAAAGCAAGGAUUCUCGGCAACAUUUCAAUCAAAAAGCAUCUUUACUUCUAAGGGAUAUGCAUCUUCAUACAAUUCUUACGGAGAAUUACAGCGCUGGUUAAUGUGUGGCACUUCCAGUCAACUACUUUGCAUACACUUUAACGAAUUUAUAUCUGAGAACAGAAGUGACAUAUUGACCGUUGCAAAUCAAAGCGGAAUAAUUAUUCAAUCACACAGUGGGGCUCAAAUUCCACCUGACAUUGAGGCAACGUCAAACGUUUACAUCAAUUUUGCAAUUGACAAUUCCACAACACGUAAUAUGGGAUUCAAGGCAACAUUUUGUGGAUUUUGUCAUCCGCACACCGUUCCUAGUAACGGACAUUUGAACACCUCUGAUACAAAAGUAGGUGUUCAUGUCAAACUAACUUGUAAUGCUACCCACAUGGUAGUAGGACCAUCAGUUGUAUCAUGUCAAGGACUAGGGGUUUGGUCACGUUCAAUUGGUCGCUGCAAAGAGAUAUUUUGUCCUACUCCUACUGUGCUCCAUGGUCAUUUCAUCGGCAGCAACAUCUCCUACCCAGGAGAUGAAACCAGGCUCGUUUGUGCCACAGGUUACUACGUUCCCGGAGAAACAAACAGCUGGAAACUUAAGGCUCGUGAACGAGAAAAAAUUUUCAUUACAUUCACAGCCUUUUCAACAGAACGUGGCUAUGAUUUUGUGACUAUUACUGAUACUACUAAUGCAGGACACAUUAUUGGCCGCUUUAGUGGUUCCAACAUUCCACCAGUCGUAGUUUCCUGUGGCAGGUCUGUAUCUAUUAACUUCAUUUCUGACGGAAUUAUUACAAAGCAAGGAUUCUCGGCAACAUUUCAAUCAAAAAGCACCUUUACUUCUAAGGGAUAUGCAUCUUCAUACAAUUCUUACAGAGAAUUACAGCGCUGGUUAAUGUGUGGCACUUCCAGUCAACUACUUUGCAUACACUUUAACGAAUUUAUAUCUGAGAACAGAAGUGACAUAUUGACCGUUGCAAAUCAAAGCGGAAUAAUUAUUCAAUCACACAGUGGGGCUCAAAUUCCACCUGACAUUGAGGCAACGUCAAACGUUUACAUCAAUUUUGCAAUUGACAAUUCCACAACACGUAAUAUGGGAUUCAAGGCAACAUUUUGUGGAUUUUGUCAUCCGCACACCGUUGCUAGUAACGGACAUUUGAACACCUCUGAUACCAAAGUAGGUGUUCAUGUCAAACUAACUUGUAAUGCUACCCAUAUGGUAGUAGGACCAUCAGUUGUAUCAUGUCAAGGACUAGGGGUUUGGUCACGUUCAAUUGGUCGCUGCAAAGAGAUAUUUUGUCCUACUCCUACUGUGCUCCAUGGUCAUUUCAUCGGCAGCAACAUCUCCUACCCAGGAGAUGAAACCAGGCUCGUUUGUGCCACAGGUUACUACGUUCCCGGAGAAACAAACAGGUUCAAUUGCUCUUCUGAUGGUGUUUGGGGUGGACAAAACAGAAUGACCUGUUUGGAGUCCUGCUCUGGCAAAAACACAGUUCUUUACUAUACUGGCGUAUUCAGUGUAUCUAAUUACACAAAUGGUAUGCACUGCAACUGGAAACUUAAGGCUCGUGAACGAGAAAAAAUUUUCAUUACAUUCACAGCCUUUUCAACAGAACGUGGCUAUGAUUUUGUGACUAUUACUGAUACUACUAAUGCAGGACACAUUAUUGGCCGCUUUAGUGGUUCCAACAUUCCACCAGUCGUAGUUUCCUGUGGCAGGUCUGUAUCUAUUAACUUCAUUUCUGACGGAAUUAUUACAAAGCAAGGAUUCUCGGCAACAUUUCAAUCAAAAAGCACCUUUACUUCUAAGGGAUAUGCAUCCUCAUAUAAUUCUUACGGAGAAUUACAGCGAUGGUUACUGUGUGGCUCUUCCAAGCAUCCACUUUGCUUCAGUUUCACUGACUUUAGAACUGAAAGUGAAUAUGGCAAAUUGACAAUUGCCAAUCAGAGUGAAAUGACGAGUCAAUCAUACAGCGGCGCUCUAAUGCCACCCGAUAUUCGUGCAAAUUCAAGUCUUUAUAUCACGUUUUCAGCAAAUGGCUCUGUAAACAUGCAAGAAUUUAGUGCAGUCUUUUGUAAUCUAUUUCAUUCUUCUUUUUGCACGUAUAUUAAAUUGAAAUACUUUGUUUAA